AGGCUUGGAACUCAAGUCUCCGGGUGUAUUGCCGUGGAAUCGAAAACUUUACUGUUUCGCUGUCGAGAGGAGAUUCGAUGAUCCGCUGUAAAUUUAUCUGUCAAGUGUUAGGCAUGGGUUCUAGGCCUACUCGCACCAGAUCCCGACGGGAAGCUAACGAUAGCAUCCAGGAUUGUGCGAGUGUUGUACAUUGUACUAAAGCGCCAUGUACUUUGGUUUCAGUGUUAUAACUUGUUUGGCAUUUCUCCAGAGCCUUCUCAAACUGGAACUAUUUGCCCUUGCUUGUACUGAAAACUUUGAAUGUGAUCAAAAAAACUCGUCGGCAGGGAUCAUUUGUUGUUCAAGUGCUUGCAAACCAUGGUGGAAUUGUCCCGAUGCUUGCAUCUCGGACGAUACUUGCAAUGGUGGAAAGAUUUGUUAUCGUAAUCGCUGUGAGAAUCCGGAUAUCAGUUUUCCAGCGUUUUGUAGCUAUAAUACAGACUGUCCUGAAGAUGAAGAAUGCGAAUCUGGUCAAUGCAAGCCAGCUCCGCGACCUGUUACUCCUGAAAAUUCAGAGAAUGUUCAAGUAAGCUUUCAUUUUGAUCAACGCAUAUUCGUCAUAGUUGGAACCGUUUUCGGUGUCUUGAUCUUUGUUGUCGCUGUUAGUUAUGGUUCGUAUCGCUGUUACAAAAAACGUAGGAGACAAAGAUUUUCCCGAGGAGUUUAUUCUGCUUCUACCCAGGUGGGCCAUGGUGUAAAUUUAUUUUCACCUCCACGUAACGGAGUUGAAACGUUUGCGUUGAACAGAACCAGUCCGACAUUAAAUCCAAUUAUUGGCUUUUCUCGUCCUCAAAUACCGCCUCCUGCUUAUGAUGCAGUCACGCUAGACAGUAGUUUGGACGUGGAAUCUUCAUCACCGCCACCUUAUGAUGAUCUAGUCGGUGGAAGCGCUGCGAGAGUUUGCGACGAAGAACAGGUAUAGCAACUCUGCAUCAAGCUUUGGGAAAAGUUUUUGUAAGACAACAUCAUCUUCUGAAGAUUCUUAUUUUUACAACUCCACUUCUGUGAAUACUAUACAGAUCUACUUCCUCAAAUUAUCUGUUCAGUUAUUUUUAAUUCUUAAACAUGUAUGUUACCUUUCUUUUUAGCAGCAUAUGAUGUUGAACCUUUGAAAUUUGGCUUUUGAGAUGAAAUUACUGAUUUCUUCACUUCUACAUAAUUUUGCAAAGCUUUUGUAAGUUUCUGAUAUUUAUUUAUUUAGCUUGGGAGGCUGAGGUGUUGUACACUGAGUGUUGGAGAUAUUGGAUAGAAAUCUGUUUCACUAUUAAGUUUCCAUUGAUUUUGAUCCUCCUUUGAUACUUCAAAAAGCUUUAUUUAAAAUACAGAAGAAAAUCUCAACACUGAUUGUGUUCAGAAUAUGUGCUUUUCAGGGUAAAUGAUUGUAAAAUAAUUUAACAUAUCAUUUUCAGUCUUAUAGUUGAAUGAGAGGGGCAUUGGGGCCUAUUAAAAUCUGCAAAACUGUAGAAAAAAAUUAUCCAAAACCAAAAAGCAAAAAAAAAAUUUGAUCAAAACUGAAAACUGCAUGCGAAACUGUCAAAACCAAUACAUUUUCACUUCCCAAUUAUAAAAACCCUGAUGGAUCUGAUACAGUGGUGACAAGUGGAGCAUACAGAGUUAGCUACACUAAUUUCAUUGCAGGAUUUAUGAAUGCCAUGGACUUGGCAUUUGUAUCUUCUAGUAUCUGUUUAAAUUAACAGCUGCUCUAUUGAGAACCUCGAGCAUGGUCUCUAUGGACUCAGCAGCUGGAAAUGGAGCCUAGUUAAAUUAAGGAAAUUUGCACAAAAGUCCUCUAUAGGAUUGCAAUUUUGCAGUUGCUAAAAGCUAUAGCUGCUCUGGAAAGUUUCAUAGAAAAUCCCCAAUCUAACAUUUCCAUUUGUGAAGUAAGACCUGAAAGUUUGGAGAUUCUAUAGGAAUGUUGAAUCAAUCAGUCAUAUGUGGCCUGUAACUUGGUUACUAACUUCGAGGUGGCAUUGAUAAAGAAACUCUGGCAAUAUUCCGUGCAUAGCUGUAUCCUAUUGUGUGUACCCUUACCCUCCACUCCCCCUCACAUUGGGGGAGGGAGUGGGUAUGGCUACAUGUAGACUACCUGGGGAUCCCUGCGAUAUUUUAAUUGGUUUGUCAUGCAUUCCUCUUGAUAACAUUUGCAUUUAACUGCAAUUCGAGAUCAGUGGAGGCGUGUAAUUGCCACUCAGAUCGAAGAGAAACUGUUACCCAAACUUUUAACCAAAAAUUCCAAUGCCCCCCUCUUGAACCAAGUUGAGUGUCAUACCAGAAAACCUGUCUGAAUUUGCAUUAAUGUACAUGUCAGUAGUGAGAUUGAUUUUCUAAAUCUGCUUCACAUUUAAUGAGCAUAUUGUAAAAUUUUCCCAAAUGUUUACCAAAUGAAUACAAUUAAGCUUAUUCUAUUCUUGAUUUUAUAUUGUUGAUUACAUUUAAGUGUAUGUUAGGAUUUGAUGACACCUCUGACAAAGAGAUUUAGAUGUAAAUCAUUGAGUAAAGAAAAUACCUAAUAUCUAAUGGAGAACAACUGGUCUGAUUCAACCAAACCUUAUUUUAUGGCAUAUAAAAAGAAUACAGUGGAACUCUGGGACCAACAGGAUUUAGGUUUAUGUUAAAUCAGAAACAGUAUUACCUUUACUGAGUAGAGAAUAUCGUAAUUAUUUUUAUUUUCCAACUGCAUUAAGUUGAGUACAAAUAACGCACUACUCAUGUACAAAUACCUCGUGAUUUUGUAUGGUUAUUUGGACAGUUUAACAGGUUGGCUAUGCUUGAAUUAAUUGUUUCUAAGGAUUGCAUGUGAUGAAAGCAGUUGAAUGAAAAACAACUUCUACACAAUUUGGUGUUCAGUAUUCCUGAAUGUUUUAUCCAGGAGGUUUAUUAAAAUAUGCCACAACUCAAAGGAAAUGUAAAAAAUGUCUUAUAAGUAAAUAGGGGGUAAUUGCUGUAAGAUAUUUAAAUUUCUGAUGUAACAAAUUUUUUGGUUUUACUUUUUAGAAAACUAAAGAUAUUUUAUAAUUAUCCAAAGAUUUGAUGACAGAAAUACUGUGAGUAACUUAUUCUCUUUUACUUUUGAGCUUUUUAGGAGGAUUCUGUUGACAAAAAUUCCCUUUUACUUGCUAGUGUUAAGCAAUGUACAGAAACGUUGCAAAAGUAACCCACAAGUCCUGUUCACAAAGUAAACUUAGACUUAAAUUGUGUCAGUAUGCUUAAUGUAGUGACACAGUUGAAUUAUGUUCUUUAACCCUUUAGCUCCAAUGAGUGACCAAGACAGAAUUUCUCCUAACAAUAUCAAUACAAUAUCAUGCUGAAAAGUGAUGAAAAUGAGGAAAAAUAUCAAUUAGGGAAUUAUAAAUUGAUCCAAUACCAAAUUCUCCAAACUAACAUCACAAGAACUUUAAGCAGACAGUGAGGAGAAUUACUAAUGAGAUCUUGGGAGUUAAAGAGUUAAGUGAGCUCAUGAUGUUGUGAAGUAUAAUUGUAUCUAAUAUGAUACUACUUAUGACCAGAAGUCUAACUUGAUUUGUUCAGUUCCACUUGGCUUUAACCCUUAAAAUCUUGAUUAGAAACUUA